CAAAAUAAGUUCAGUUUGAUGCUCCAUUAAAACAUUUUAAAAUAUUGUAUCAAUUUUCUACUCAAGAAUUUUCUAAUUUCAACCAAUAAGAUUACAGAUUUCCGGAACAGCAGGGUGAAAACAGAAAAGAUGAAAACGAGUUGACAUUUAUUCCAAUGAAUUUUGAGACUGACCGCAUAUUUUGGAGUCCUUCUUGAUGUAGGGUGAGAUGGCUGAAGCAACUGAGAGUUUUGAAGACAGCAAAAAGGGAAAAAACAGAGAAGAUUCUCUGUCCAGCAACCAAGUUAAAAAUGGGGCGAUAUUGACAAACCACAAGAUACUAACAGAUGAGUCGGGCUGCGACACCAGUCUCCUUGAUGGCUCAUUCAACGCUGAACUCGAUGGAUCAGAUCAUACGGCCAAUAACUCAAGCGAGUUAAAUCUUAGCCUACCCAAGUUGGAAGAUAGUGGCAUUGAUGUUGAGAGGUCACCUGUGUCCAACAGUGCCAAAGACAGUGGACUCGGAACUGAGCACUCACCAAGUCUGAGGGAUUGUUCUAUCUCGGAACUCGAUCUCAGUGAGUCGGUAUCAGACUGUGUGACAGACAGUGGAAGCAAUUCUAAGACAAAUUCUGAGUGUAACGCGCAUGUAAAAAGUGAAAAGCGGAAAAAUGAAAAUAAAAAUAACAGAAAAGUUGACGCAGUGGCUGAUGCCAUAAAAAAUGGCUCAGCAGGUGAACCAAAGAAUAAUAGACAAAUGCCAGAGGAAGUAGCCCAAGGUAGUGAAGUAGUUGAAUCAGCCAAAAAUGGAGAAGAAAAUGAUGUGGACAUGGUAAACAAAGAUUCUGAUGAUGAUGAUUCCGAAGAUGACUCAGAUGUUGCAGCAUUCAGAAAACGCCCAGCUAAGAAACGCAAGUACCGCUUCCAGAGGAUUUCCUCCGAGAGUGACGAGAAUGAGACCAACCAGAACGAGGAGACGGCAGAUGGAGAUCAAAGCGGAAUGGCAGACAUAGAGACAGACAGUGAGCUUGAUUCUGAUGAAUUUACAGAUGAUGAGGAGAUAGAUGAUCCUGAGGAAUCUGUGAAGUCAAAAGAUCAGCAGCCAGAGUCAGAAGAAGAAGAGGAGGAAGAAAAUCAAGUCAAACCCAAGCACACCUGGUUUGCCUUAAAAGACCUAAGUAGCCGACAGAUGGGUUUCUCCAAUAAAACGCCUCCCUCUAUAUUCCGGGAGAAGGUACAAGGGAGCUUACAGAUGGUGCAGAGACUGAAGCUUCAGUAUAAGAUGGAGUACCAUGAGGGCUGCGUCAAUGCUCUUAGCUUCAACAGAAUCGGUACAUUGCUGGCUAGUGGCUCUGAUGAUCUGAAUGUAAUUUUGUGGAACUGGAUCAAAAAGAGGCCCUCACUUGUGUAUGACAGUGGUCACCGUGGCAACGUAUUCCAGGCCAAGUUCAUGCCGUUCAGUGGUGACUGUCACGUGGUGAGCUGUGCUAGGGACGGACAGGUGAGGUUGGCGGAGCUCUCACUGACCGGUGUGUGUAAAGGAACCAAGAAACUGGCACAACAUAAAGGUGCUGCACACAAGCUGGCUCUGGAGUUGGAUUCGCCUCACGUGUUUCUUAGUUGUGGUGAAGAUGCCAUGGUGUUCUCCAUUGACUUGCGUGAUGAUAAACCAGCCAAAUUGUGUCAGACAAAGUUGGAGAAUCGUCGAGUCCCUCUGUACAGCAUCCAUUCAAACCCUGUGAACUCGUUUGAGUUUUGUGUCGGAGGAAGAGAUCGAUACAUCAGAAUAUAUGACAAGAGGAAAAUAACUGAUAGUGAAGAUGGAAUAGUCAAGAAAUUCUGCCCUCAUCAUUUGGUUGACAGCAAGUCUAAAGCUGACAUCACCUGUGCUGUGUAUAAUUACAAUGGAACAGAGGUGAUGGGUUCUUACAAUGAUGAGGAUAUUUAUCUCUUUGACAACACACAUUCCGACGGAGCUGACUACAUUCAUAAAUAUGGGGGUCACAGGAACAAUGCCACAGUGAAAGGGGUGAACUUUUACGGCCCUCGCAGUGAGUUUGUGGUCAGUGGCAGCGACUGUGGCCAUGUUUUCCUCUGGGACAGAGAGACGGAGAAUGUGGUACAGUUUAUGGAAGGAGACGACAGUGGGGUGAUCAAUGUACUAGAGCCACACCCCUUCGCCCCAAUUCUUGCUACAAGUGGACUGGACCAUGAUGUGAAGAUUUGGGCCCCAACCUCAGAUGAACCUUCUGUGUUACCCAACCUCAAAAAGACUGCUAAAAAGAACAGGAAAGAGCGAGAGGAAGAGAACCUUAGCGACCCAUCGGCUCUACACGACAUGCUGGACGGACCCAUGAUGUACUACAUAAUGCGGCAGAUCAGCCGCGCACGCAGAAGGAAUGAUCCAGAUGGUGAUGAUUCUAGCUCCAACAGUUCUGAAUCUGAUUCGGACGACUCGGAAUCCGGUCCAGUGGAGAGGCUUCAGUGUGCACAGCAGUAAAUCAGCCAUGCGUGACCUUAAUGGUCAAAAAUCAGUGAAUUGUGCCAGAUUAAUCAAAACAUUUAUAUGCAGGAAUAUUGGAAAUUGCAUUCUUUGUUAACAACUUCAUACUUGCUUCAAGCUACCCUCAUUUGAAAUAUAAUUGUUAGACUCCAUCAUGCAUGCUCACAUCCUAGUGGACAGUUUUGUUCGAUUCAGAUUUUGUUGAUAUCUGGCGUUUGUUUCUUUGUUUUUUCAUUCUUUUGUGUUAGCCCAUCCUUUUUCUUUCAGUUUAUGUAUAGAAUGCCCUCAUCAUGAAAUGAUCGACCUAUAUGUUUACAAAUAUUUAACAUUGGAGUGAAUUUGAAUAAUAAUGAAAUUAUAUUUAUGGUGAUGACCAUACAGUUUGUGUUCUCAAUAAAUGAUAAAAUUUA